UAGAUUUACUGCUGCGAUCAUCUCUCCUCCUCUCAGAUCCGUGGUGAAUCUGCAGGCAGGCACCCGGAUGUGUCGAAAAUGUGUGGCGCGCCUGUCAGGAUUUACGUUUGGCAAACAUUUUAUAAUUCAGGUUAAAAACUCGGCUCAGGCUCGCGCGUCGACGCCUUGGAAUCGUUUUUCCAACGAUGAGUUGGGUUUAAAACGGAUCUUUUCGAUGUGGACUCGAGGAUGCAAGAAGCAGAUGUUCAGUCUGAAGGGCCACAGUAUGCCAGCAACAAAAGGACAACAAACUCCAAUGAAACCUCUGAGCUCUGGUCAGAAAGCAACACCCAACUGCACCAGCUCCAUUCACUGGACCCCCUGCAGGCCCCAUCCAGCACUGGCAAGCCUGUCGGCCCCUCUCAUGGCCUCCUGGGGGCCGAUAGUGACAUUCAGGACCCAAGUGCCACUAGUUCUGGUGUCAGUCCGGUCCUUGCUUGGCAUGCUGCCAUUAAUGCUGCUCGCCAAGCAAAGGGAGAUGGUGCAAAGCCCGACAUGAAAACACAGCCCUCAGUCUGCACCACUGGAUCAGCUCCUGUGGGCUCUCUGGCGCAGAGGAAGAGGCAGCAGUAUGCCAAAAGCAAAAAGCAGGGAGGCUCUACCAACAGCAGGCCACCCAGAGCUCUGUUCUGCCUAACAUUAAACAACCCGAUCCGCAGGGCCUGCAUCAGCCUGGUGGAGUGGAAACCAUUUGAUAUCUUUAUACUAUUGUCUAUAUUUGCAAACUGUGUGGCCUUAGCCAUCUACAUUCCUUUCCCUGGGGAUGACUCCAAUUCUACCAACCAAGAACUGGAAACAGUAGAAUAUGCCUUCCUGAUCAUUUUCACAAUAGAGACAUUUAUGAAGAUUAUUGCCUAUGGCCUGGUCAUGCACCAAAACUCCUACGUCAGAAACGGCUGGAACAUGCUGGACUUCGUCAUCGUCAUUGUGGGAUUGUUCAGUGUUGUUCUGGAGAUGAUAACCAAAGACGCUGACUCUGGUGGCCAGUCUGGAGGCAAACCUGGGGGCUUUGAUGUAAAGGCCCUCCGAGCCUUUCGUGUUCUACGACCCCUUCGCCUUGUCUCUGGAGUUCCCAGUUUACAGGUGGUUCUUAACUCCAUUAUUAAAGCCAUGGUUCCCCUGCUUCACAUCGCUCUGCUAGUCCUCUUUGUCAUUAUUAUCUACGCCAUCAUCGGCCUGGAGCUCUUCAUUGGCAAAAUGCAUGCAACGUGCUAUCUGAUAAAAACAGGUGCCCUACCAGAAGAAGAGUCCACUCCAUGUUCGGUAUCGGGGCACGGCCGCCAAUGUCUGCUUAAUGGCACAGAAUGUAGAGAGGGCUGGCAAGGCCCCAACAAUGGCAUCACCAACUUUGACAACUUUUUGUUCGCUAUGCUCACUGUGUUCCAGUGCAUCACCAUGGAGGGCUGGACCGACGUCCUCUACUGGAUGAAUGAUGCAAUGGGCUUUGAACUGCCCUGGGUCUACUUUGUCAGUCUGGUCAUCUUUGGAUCCUUCUUUGUUCUCAACUUGGUUUUGGGAGUGUUGAGUGGAGAGUUUUCCAAAGAGCGAGAGAAGGCCAAGGCUCGGGGAGAUUUCCAGAAGCUACGGGAGAAGCAGCAGUUAGAGGAAGACCUGAAAGGCUACCUGGACUGGAUCACCCAGGCUGAGGACAUUGACCCAGAGAACGAGGAGGAGGGGGAUGAGGAGGGAAAGCGUAACCGGGUCACGCUGGCUGACCUCACUGAGAAGAAGAAAGGAAAGUUUGGCUGGUUCACGCAGUCCACAGAAACACAGGCAAGCAUACCCACUAGUGAAACAGAGUCAGCGAACACCGAAAAUCACAAUGGAGGGGAGGAAAAAUCUCCCUGUUGUGGACCCCUGUGUCAAAAAAUUAUUAAGUCAAAAUGCAGUCGUCAGGGGCGACGUUGGAACCGCUUCUGCCGCAGGAAAUGUCGUACAGCAGUAAAAUCGGUGACAUUUUAUUGGCUGGUCAUACUUUUGGUGUUCCUCAACACUCUCACCAUCGCUUCCGAGCACUACAACCAGCCAGACUGGCUGACUGAAGUACAGGAUGCAGCCAACAAAGUUCUCUUGGCGAUGUUCACUUUGGAGAUGCUCGUGAAGAUGUAUAGUUUGGGGCUGCAGGCCUACUUUGUGUCCUUGUUUAACCGCUUUGACUGUUUUGUGGUGUGUGGAGGCAUCCUUGAGACAAUCCUAGUUGAGCUGGCGAUCAUGUCUCCGCUGGGUAUCUCUGUUUUCCGCUGCGUACGUCUCCUUAGGAUCUUCAAGGUUACACGUCAUUGGGCGUCUCUUAGUAAUCUGGUGGCCUCUCUGCUCAACUCCAUGAAGUCCAUUGCCUCCCUCUUGCUGCUGCUCUUCCUCUUCAUCAUUAUUUUCUCCUUGCUUGGAAUGCAACUCUUUGGAGGAAAGUUCAACUUUGAUGAGACUGUGACCAAAAGGAGCACAUUUGAUAACUUCCCUCAGGCCCUGCUCACAGUUUUCCAGAUUUUGACAGGAGAAGACUGGAAUACUGUAAUGUAUGACGGAAUCAUGGCGUACGGUGGUCCAGCCUCCUCUGGAAUGAUUGUCUGCAUUUAUUUCAUCAUCCUCUUCAUCUGUGGAAACUACAUCUUGUUAAAUGUCUUCUUGGCCAUCGCUGUUGACAAUCUGGCAGACGCAGAGAGCCUCAACUCAGCACAGAGGGAGGAGAAGGAGGCCAAGAAGAGAAAGAAUAGUGCCAAGGAUGUAGACACGGAGAAGAAGAGGGUGGAAAUAUUAGAAAGUAUGGAAGGAGACACUAAGUUGUCUGCAGAGAUUGCAGUAGAGGAAGACAAAGAGCUGUAUCCUGCUGUUGACUUUCCAGUGUUUGAAAAUGACAAGGAUGGCAGUCUUCAAGAAGUCCCGCCAGGACCUCGCCCUCAGAGGCUUUCCGAUCUCACCAUCAAAGAGAAGAUCAUCCCCAUCCCGAAAGGCAGCGCCUUUUUUAUCUUCAGCAGCACUAAUCCGUUUCGUGUAUUCUGCCACAAGGUGAUCAACCAUCAGAUCUUUACUAACCUCAUCCUGAUCUUCAUCAUGCUAAGCUCCGUCUCUCUGGCUGCUGAAGACCCCAUACGUAACUUCUCUGCUCGCAAUAUCGUACUUGGAUAUUUUGACUAUGCUUUCACAGCAAUCUUUACAGUUGAGAUCCUGUUGAAGAUGACGGCGUUUGGAGCAUUCCUCCAUAAAGGAGCAUUCUGCAGAAACUACUUCAACCUUUUAGAUCUGCUGGUCGUUGGUGUGUCUCUGGUCUCCUUUGGAAUUCAGUCUUCUGCUAUCUCAGUGGUGAAGAUUCUCCGUGUUUUAAGAGUCCUGCGUCCACUCAGAGCCAUUAACAGAGCCAAGGGACUGAAGCAUGUGGUCCAGUGUGUGUUCGUGGCAAUCAGGACCAUUGGCAACAUCAUGAUUGUGACCACGCUGCUGCAGUUUAUGUUUGCUUGUAUCGGAGUGCAGCUCUUCAAGGGGAAAUUUUAUCGCUGCACAGAUGACGCAAAGUCUAGUCCAGAUGAGUGCAAAGGUACCUACAUUCUCUAUAACAAUGGGGAAACAGCCAUUCCCAUGGUAAAGGAGAGGAUCUGGUACAACAGUGACUUCAACUUUGACAACGUCCUCAUGGCCAUGAUGGCUCUUUUUACUGUCUCCACCUUUGAAGGAUGGCCCACUCUACUGUACAAGGCUAUCGACUCUCACAGAGAGAACCUCGGUCCCAUCUACAACUACCGAAUCGAGAUCUCUAUCUUCUUCAUCAUCUACAUCAUCAUCAUCGCCUUCUUCAUGAUGAACAUCUUUGUUGGUUUUGUUAUUGUCACCUUUCAGGAGCAAGGGGAGAAGGAGUACAAAAACUGUGAGCUUGACAAGAACCAGCGUCAGUGUGUAGAAUAUGCUCUCAAAGCUCGCCCCGUGCGGCGCUACAUCCCCAAAAACCCCUACCAGUACAAGUUCUGGUAUGUGGUCAACUCUGCAGGCUUUGAGUACGUCAUGUUUGUCCUAAUCAUUCUCAACACCCUGUGUCUGGCUAUACAGCAUUAUGGUCAGUCUUAUCUGUUUAACUACGCCAUGGACAUCCUCAACAUGGUCUUCACGGGGGUCUUCACUGUGGAAAUGUUCCUUAAACUCAUCGCCUUUAAACCCAGAGGCUAUGUCGGGGACGCCUGGAACGUCUUCGAUGCUCUGGUGGUGAUUGGCAGUGUAGUCGACAUCAUACUUAGCCAGUUGGCAGCCCUUCCUGUUGUCAAGGUGAAAGUGGAGCCUGUGAACACAGAGGACAGUGCUCGCAUCUCAAUCACCUUCUUCCGCCUGUUCAGAGUGAUGCGGUUGGUAAAACUGCUGAGCAGGGGGGAGGGCAUCAGGACAUUGCUGUGGACCUUCAUCAAGUCCUUUCAGGCUCUUCCCUAUGUUGCACUCCUGAUCGCCAUGCUGUUUUUUAUCUAUGCUGUCAUUGGCAUGCAGGUGUUUGGGAAAAUAGCCAUGGUGGAUGGAACACAAAUCAACCGCAACAACAACUUUCAAACGUUUCCCCAGGCUGUCCUUAUGCUGUUCAGGUGUGCCACAGGUGAGGCCUGGCAGGAGAUCAUGCUGGCCUGUCUCCCCGGGAAGCUGUGUGAUCCAGAGUCAGACUACAACCCCGGAGAGGAGAGAACCUGCGGCAGUGGCUUUGCCAUUAUCUACUUCAUCAGCUUCUACAUGUUAUGUGCUUUCCUGAUCAUCAACCUCUUUGUAGCUGUCAUCAUGGAUAACUUUGACUACCUGACUCGUGAUUGGUCCAUUCUUGGGCCGCAUCACCUGGAUGAGUUCAAAAGGGUCUGGUCUGAAUAUGACCCAGAAGCCAAGGGCAGGAUAAAGCACCUUGAUGUGGUGACUCUGCUGAGGAGGAUCCAGCCACCGCUCGGCUUUGGCAAGCUCUGCCCUCACAGGGUGGCCUGUAAGCGUCUUGUGGCGAUGAACAUGCCCUUGAACAGUGAUGGGACAGUCAUGUUUAAUGCCACCUUGUUUGCGCUGGUUCGCACGGCUCUAAAGAUAAAAACUGAGGGUAACCUGGAUCAAGCCAAUGAGGAGCUUCGAGCUGUGAUAAAGAAGAUCUGGAAGAGGACCAGUAUGAAGCUGCUUGACCAAGUGGUGCCUCCUGCAGGCGAUGACGAGGUAACAGUGGGGAAGUUCUAUGCCACCUUCCUGAUACAGGACUACUUCAGGAAGUUCAAGAGGCGCAAAGAGCAAGGUCUUGUGGGAAGGCACUCAUGGGAGAGGCUGAACACCACCAUGGCUUUACAGGCCGGACUGCGCACGCUGCAUGACAUUGGACCAGAGAUCCGUCGAGCCAUAUCCUGUGACCUGCAAGAGGAAGGCCUCGUUGAUAAUGAUGAGGAAGAGGAGGAAAUCUACAGGCGUAAUGGCGGUCUUUUCGGGAACCAUGCCAACCAUGUCAAUGUGGAUCAACAGGGCCACUUCAUCCCAACCACUGUUACCCAACGUCCCCUACAGAUUCUACCCUUUUCUGACAGUGCCUCAAACGAACCCUCCCAAACAGACAGGAGAGCCAAUGAAAAUGACAGAGGAGGGGACGCAGAGAUCAAUAUGCCACCAAUCCAGUACAAUCAUUAUCACACCUCUCAUCUGUACAAUCAUCCUCAUUGUAUUUCCUUUUGCCAUCAAUCACCGAUACCCUCCAAUGCCAACCUCAACAAUGCCAACUUGCCCCCACUUCUCUCCCUGUCCAAUGGAAGGCAGCAGAAGUGUUUGUUAAGGCCAAACCAUCCAUCCUCAAGUAAAAAUGGAACCUCAGUCAUCACCAUCAACAAAGGAGUGCAAGACAAGCGUAGGAAUUCCAGCACCGCAAGGUCAGAAAGUGGCGUUGGACUCUGUCCUAUAGCUCUCCAUGAUGAUACCAGUGGGAGGGACAGUGAGGAAGAGCAAGGAUCGGUGGAGAACUACUACAGCGGGGAGGAGUUUCAUGUUGACAAUAUCAAGCUCACAAGGGACAGGUUUCCCAACAAAGACCAACAUAAUAUAGAGAGAGACUCUGACCUCGACGUUUCCAAUGGUGACCAUCAGCAUGAUGGUUGCUUUGACGAUGACAAGCAGCCAAUCUUCCGAGACAGCAGACGUUCGUCGAGAAGAUGGCUGUUACUCUCACCUCAAGCCGCCAACAGACCAACAUUCAGUUUUGAGUGUCUUCGCAGAAAUAACAGUCAGGAUGAGCCCCCUCUGUCUCCAUCCUGCACAGCUCUGCCACUACACCUUGCGCAGCAGCAGGUCAUGGCCGUAGCUGGUUUUGAUGCCAAGAAAGUUCCUCACAAUUCUCCUGCACGGUCACUGCUUUCCUGGGCCACACCUCCUGCCUCACCCAUCAGCACUGAAUGUGUAAAAUGCUACACACCACUUAUACAGGUGGACUGGCGCAGUUCUGGGAGCGUGGGCAGCAUCCCCGGAGCAGUGAAGAGGAGUUUGUGGUAUACAGAUAGCCAGAAUGGCCCUCCUAGUCGCAGCCACUCUCCAACAUGUCUGCAGUUACCUGCCAAGAGCUGCAUGCGCUGCCUGAAGAAGAGAGGCAGCGCUGACAGUCUGGUGGAGGCUGUGCUGAUCUCUGAAGGUCUGGGGAAAUACGCCAGGGACCCUAAGUUUGUUACAGCGACCAAACAGGAAAUUGCAGAUGCCUGCGAGCUGACCAUUGAUGAAAUGGACAGUGCAGCCAGUAACCUGCUGAACGGCAGCAUGGGAAAUGGCAGCAACAGAGGAAUGGGGAAUGUCACAUCAGACACACAGGCCGUCGCUCAUCUCAAAGACCACAAUAUCCAUGAGUACAGCGACGGGGAGCAGUGCACAGCUGUGAAAUAUGACGAGGACCUCACAGACGAGAUGAUAUGCAUCACAUCGCUUUAGAGGGCGGCAUACAUAUAAUUUCUUAGGUUUUUUAAAUUGGAUGUGUACAUGUACUUGAGAAUGAGAGGAUGUCUGUGCUCAAGUGCAUCCUGUCAUAGAUAGAAUAGACGUAGAUGGAGAAGAGAACAAAGUGCCUUGUUUUCUCAGUCUGUGGGAUGUGGGGUUGAUAUUUUUUAUUUUCAAGAGUGGUUUGAUACAGCAGAAUAACCAAGCAGCAUUACACAGCGUGUUUGAAUGUGAGAAGGAAACACUGCUGACAGACAGUCGGUGGUGUUGUAAUGUUGCAGGGUGUCACAAUGAUGUCAAUAAGUCAAGAUGGCUUUUCAAAGUUGCACUUGUCAUUAACUUCUUGUACAUAUAUACGUAUAUAUAUAUAUAUAUAUAUAUAAAGUGUAAUUUUAAUCCUUUAUUGGUCAUUAAAACAGCCUUAGUUCUGAUCUGUCACAGGUCAUUUACAUGACAUUUUGGCUACCAUGACUCAUUACACUAGUAAUGUGGCAGAAAAAGGGUAUGUUUUUUUUUGUUGUUUUCUUUUUAAGUAUUUCAGCUAUCCUCUGUGCAGUGUAACGAUCAUGCAGAUCAAAAAAGCCAUCUCAACAAGCAGGUAUAAUAUGAAUCCAGGAGCUGCUCUGGGAUCACAGUCUAGAGUUUCAGGUUUAAGCAUUACCUGCCUCAGUACUUGACUUCAAAAAGGAAAUCACAUAUCAAUAAAAAAAAAACACAAACAGGGGUUUUCCUCAGGCAAGUCAUUGUGUUUCACAUGCACAAUGCUGUGUUACACAGGAAAACGGAGUGUCAUUCUUCUUCUUUAUUCCAACAAAUAGAGAAUACAUUUUCUCUAGUUUCAUUUUUUUCCUUCCUAUGGAAUAAUUGGGAUAAUUCUGCAAUGCCAAGGACACUGAACUUUCAUCACAACACUGGAAAACUUCUAGGAUAGACAAUUUUCCACUGAAAUCACUCAAAACAAUUUGCUCAGAACAUACAAUUUCUCCUUUAACCCAGCCCUAUUGUAAACUGUUGAUAUGAGGUGAUGGAAACAAGAAAAAAUGAGUUUUCACAUUCCCAAAGUGAUGGCACCUGAACAUUAUCCUUACCAGUGAGACUCUAACUUUUUUUUUUUUUUGAUUCCUGCUCCAUUGGCUGAAGCAGACAGCCAUCAUGCAAGUUUUAAUUUGUCAGACCUUAGUCUUAUUUCAUGUUUGGCUCAAGCUUUAACUGCCUCAACAGCUUAGCGUCAAAACCAAUUUGUUUCUGUGGACUGGACCUCAAAUUCGACAGGUUUAAUCUGCUGAUCAGUGACGGAAUGACGGCUUAUUUAUCUAAUUUAUCUGAGGCACCUUACUACUUGUUUAAUGUGUCAGAUGUAGGAAGCCAAAAUUAACAACACAAGUCUGACCGAUAUUUACAACGUUUAUGAAAAAUAAAGCCAUAAAAGAUGAGAAAUAUAUUUUUGGAAUUUC